AGUAAUAAUAGUUUUUUUUUAAAAAUUACUGUUUCAUGUAAACGUGCGCUUGCUUAAACGCUUGGGUUAAGUAUUCAAUAGCAGUAGCAACAGUUCAUAGCUCCGAUGGAGUCCGAAACACAGAGAGAGGUAGAAGAAGGUGCAGAACAUCUCUUCCGACGCUUGCAGCAUUCCCCAGAUGACGCCUCGAUUCAUUUUGAUAUUGGUUUGUUUUUGUGGGAAAAAGGAGAAGAAGCAAAGGAAAAGGCUGCUGAACAUUUUAUUCUGUCGGCCAAAUUAAACCCUAAAAAUGGAGAAUCUUUCAAAUAUUUGGGCCAUUAUUAUGGGCGCGUUUCUCUUGAUACUCAGAGAGCCAUUAAGUGUUACCAACGAGCAGUUGCUCUUAAUCCUGAUGAUUUCGAGUCUGGGGAUUCUCUUUGCAAUUUACUUGACCAAGCGGGAAAGGAGAGUUUGGAGGUUGUGGUAUGCCGGGAAGCUUCUGAAAUGUCACCGAGGGCUUUCUGGGCUUUCCGAAGAUUGGGUUUCCUGCAGGUUCAUCAAAAGAAAUGGUCUGAAGCUGUUCAGAGUCUUCAACAUGCCAUACGAGGCUAUCCUACAUGUGCUGAUUUGUGGGAAGCUUUGGGCCUUGCUUAUCAGCGACUGGGCAGGUUUACUGCAGCUGUAAAGUCUUAUGGCCGUGCAAUUGAGUUGGAUAAUACAGUGGUCUUUGCUUUGGUUGAAAGUGGAAAUAUCUCUUUGGCUCUUGGUUCAUUUAAAAAGGGAGUUGAACAAUUUCGACAAGCUUUGGAGAUUUCACCACAUUGUGUGCCUGCACAAUAUGGACUUGCGUUGGGGCUGCUUGGUUUGGCAAAAGAUUGCAUUAACCUAGGAGCAUAUCAAUGGGGGGCUUCACUGUUAGAGGAAGCAUCUGAGGUUGCAAGGUCAAGUGCUUAUUCUUUUAGGAAUAUCUCAUGUAUUUGGAAACUGCAUGCUGAUAUUCAGCUUACAUAUGCAAGAUGCUAUCCUUGGAUUGAGGAUCUCCAAGAAUUGGAAUCUAAUAAGGAAGCUUUCAGUGCUUCUAUCAUUUCUUGGAGGAGGACCUGUUUUUUGGCUGCUAUACGUGCAAGGUUUUCAUAUCAACGAGCUUUGUACCUGUCUCCAUGGCAAGCAAACAUCUAUGCUGACAUUGCUGUCACAUCAGAUCUUAUUGCCUCAUUGGACCAAAAUUACAAGCAAGACUUAAAAUCAUGGCAACUGGCAGAGAAGAUGUCUAUGGGAGCCUUGCUACUUGAGGGUGACAAUUAUGAGUUCUGGCUGGCAUUGGGAUGUCUGUCUGAUCAUAAUGCACUAAAUCAACAUGCUUUGAUCAGAGGAUUACAAUUGAAUGUAUCUCUGGCUGUUGCUUGGGGAUAUCUUGGGAAGCUGUAUCGGAAAGAGGGUGAAAAGCAAUUGGCAAAGCAAAUGUUUGAUCGAGCUAGAAGUAUUGAUCCUGGCCUUGCACUGCCAUGGGCAAGCAUGUCUGUCGAGUCUUGUGUGAGGGAACCUAUUCCAGAUGAGGCAUUUGAGAGCUGCUCACGAGCUGUGCAGAUAAUGCCUUUAGCUGAAUUCCAACUUGGGCUUGCCAAGCUUGCUUUGUUGAGUGGACAUCUCUCAUCUUCGCAGGUUUUUGGAGCUAUUCAGCAAGCUGCGCAGCAUUCUCCUCAAUAUCCUGAAACCCAUAAUUUACAUGGGCUGGUUUGUGAGGCUCGAAAAGAUUAUAAGUCUGCUGCUACUUUUUAUAGGUUAGCACGUCAUGCAAUUAACAUUAGCUCAUGCAGUAUUCAAAACUCAUACAUCAGGGAUAUCUCAAUCAAUUUGGCCAGAUCACUUUCUAAGGCAGGUAAUGCUGCUGACGCUUUGCAAGAAUGUGAAAGUUUGAAGAAAGAAGCCUCAGGUGCUCUUGAUGAAGAAGGCUUACAAGUAUAUGCUUUCACAUUGUGGCAACUUGGUGAAAGUGAUUUGGCUCUCUCUGUAGUUAGAAGUCUCAUUGGAACUCUAUCUUCUCUGGAAACGACAUCUGUGGCAACAUCCAUUUGUUUCAUUUGUAGAUUGCUACACUACAUAUGUGGACUUGAUGAAGUCAUCACUAGCAUUGUGAAAAUGCCAAAGGAGUUAUUUCAAAGUUCAAAAGCUAGUUUUGUUGUGUCAGCUAUCAAUGCACUUGAUGGACAAAAUCGUCUUGGAUUUGUUGUCUCCAGUAGCCAAUAUUUUCUCAAAUAUCAUGAAGAAAUGGCUGGGAUGCACUUAUUAAUAGCCCUUAGUAAACUGGUGAAAAAUGAGUCUAGGAACUGCCUUGACAUUCAGAGUGGAGUUGCCCACCUCAGAAAAGCUAUGCACAUGUUCCCUAACUGUAAUUUGAUAAGGAACUUUCUUGGCUACCUCUUGCUAUCCAGUAAAGAGUUUAACAAUUGUCAUGUUGCAACAAGUUGUUGUAAACUGGACCAUCUUGAUCUUUCUGAUCAAGAAGGUUUAAAAUCAGCUUUUGAUAUCUAUGGUGCUGGAGCAGUUGCUUGCUAUACCAAUGGCAACAUCAAUCCAAAGUUUACUUUUCCAACUUGUAUAAAGCGAUGUUCUAAUCAUACUGGAGCUGUCAGAUACCUGCAGAAAUGCUUUCAUCAAAAACCAUGGAAUCAUGAUGCCCGCUACUUGCUUGUUCUUAACUAUCAUCAGAGGGCAUGUGAACAAAGAUUUCCUCCUCAUCUUUGUGGUAUACUAAAUCGUCUAACUCAUGUUGCUCUUUCAAAUGAAUUGUACAGCAAGACAGAAAUGUUUUAUCAAUAUAGACACUUCCAACUUCUACUUUGUGCUUCUGAGAUCAGUUUACAACGUGGGAAUCAUAUGACCUGUAUAACCCAUGCCAAAAAGGCUUCUGAGCUUGUUCUUCCUGAUGAUUAUUUAUUCUUUGCACAUCUAUUAUUGUGCCGUGUCUAUGCCAUGAAAGGUGAUUGUCUAAGUUUUCAGAAAGAGUAUCUAAGGUGUUUAGAGCUUUGGACAGAUUAUCCCAUUGGUUGGAUCUGUCUCAAACUUAUGGAAUGUCAACAUGAACUGCAAAUUGAUUCAAAUGCCAUAGAUUUAAACUUCAGAGAAUGUGUUAAAAGGAGUGGAAAUUCGUGGAAUAUGUGGAUGGCUGUAUAUAACCUGGUGAGAGGUAUGAUUUCCUUGCAGAAGAGGGAUUUAGUCUUAGCUGAAGAGUUCAUGGCACAGGCUUGUUCAUUGGCUGGUUUUGAAAGCUGCUUCUUUCUAUGUCAUGCCACCAUCUGUAUGGAGCUUGUCAGGCAGUACAAUGGUUUUCAGUUCGUAUCACGAGCCAUUGAGAGUCUCACCAAAGUUCAUGAACUUUCACUGAUUCCCUUACCCUUUGCCUCAUUAUUGGUAGCACAAGCAGAAGGAAGCCUUGGUUCUAAGGAGAGGUGGAACAAAAACCUUCACCUCGAAUGGUAUAAUUGGCCAUCAGAAAUGAGGCCGGCAGAGCUCUACUUUCAAAUGCAUUUGCUUGCAAGACAGUUGAAAGUCGGCCCAAGCACUACAUCUAACAUAGUGUCCAGUCAGAGUCCUCUGAGAUGGGUUAUUCGGGCAAUCCACGUGAACCCUUCUUGCAUGCGAUAUUGGAGGGUUUUACAGAAGCUUAUGGAAUAGGCUUAAAAUGCAAAGCAACACAUUUCAGUAUCGGAGUGUCAACGAGUAAUCGGCUUCUUACGGGAUGGGAAAUAGCUGUGGAAUAGACUUUAAAACGUUUCAUAUCUGCUGAAUUUGGGAUGGUAAAUAGCUAAACAAGUCCUUUUUCAGGUAAAAUUGUAAGUGGAAAUAUUGAAUGCUGAUUUCGUACACGGACCAAAUCAGAGUUAAUUGAAACCGUUUGAUACAUCAAUACACUUGUGUACUGGAAAGAAUCAUGAGUAAAAAGUGCAUGUUAUUUUGGGGGAGGGCGGGAGGUUACUAGUGUGAAAUC